GUGCGCUUGCGCAGUGAAGGCCGCACGGGGCGCACCCCCUGUGAGCUCCCCAAAGUCAGACUUUCGUGCAUCUUUUGGGUCGGGCGAAGCCCUCUCGACGUUGACAUGCCGGAGAUCCGCCUCCGCCAUGUGGUGUCCUGCAGUAGCCAGGACUCGACCUACUGUGCAGAAAACCUUCUCAAGGCAGACACUUACCGUAAAUGGCGAGCAGCCAAGGCGGGUGAGAAGACCAUCUCUGUGGUGCUCCAGUUGGAGAAGGAGGAACAGAUCCACAGCGUGGACAUCGGGAAUGACGGCUCGGCCUUCGUGGAGGUGCUGGUGGGCAGCUCGGCCGGAGGGGCCGGGGAGCAGGACUAUGAGGUCCUUCUGGUCACCUCGUCUUUCAUGUCCCCUGCCGAGAGUCGCAGUGGCUCAAACUCCAACCGCGUUCGUAUCUUUGGGCCUGACAAGCUGGUCCGGGCAGCAGCAGAGAAGCGCUGGGACCGAGUCAAAAUUGUCUGCAGCCAGCCCUACAGCAAGGAUGCCCCCUAUGGCCUGAGUUUUGUACGGUUUCACAGCCCCCCAGACAAAGACGAGGCCGAGGCCUCAUCCCAGAAGGUGACCAAGCUCGGCCAGUUCCGUGUGAAGGAGGAGGAUGAAAGUGCCAGCUCCCUGAAACCCGGGGCUCUCUUCUUCAGUCGUAUCAACAAGACACCCCCAGUGGCAGCCAGUGACCCGGCAGGACCCAGCUAUGCAGCGGCCACGCUGCAGGCCUCCAGUGCCGCCUCCAGUGCCGCCUCCCCAGCCGCCAAGGCAGCAGGCAGCACCUUCAAGCCUCAGGAGUCCCCCAAAGGCAAGAGGAAGCUGGAUUUGAACCAAGAAGAAAAGAAGACCCCCAGCAAACCAUCAGCUCAGCCCUCAGUACCUGCCCUCAAAAGACCCAAAUUGCCAGCUCCCCCCCGUACCCCAGCCACUCCCCCCACCCCUGCCCCAGCACGAGGGGCGGCACCAGAGAAGCUCCGAGGAGAAGGCGCUGAGCCCAAGGCCCCCCGCGCAGGCCCGCAGGAGCUGGGGAAGAUCCUCCAGGGUGUGGUGGUGGUGCUGAGUGGCUUCCAGAACCCCUUCCGCUCGGAGCUCCGGGACAAGGCCCUCGAGCUGGGGGCCAAGUAUCGACCGGACUGGACUCCAGACAGCACGCACCUCAUCUGCGCCUUUGCCAACACCCCCAAGUACAGCCAGGUCCUUGGGCUCGGAGGCCGAAUCGUGCGCAAAGAGUGGGUGCUGGACUGUCACCGCAUGCGGCGGCGGCUGCCCUCGCGGAGGUACCUCAUGGCUGGGUCAGGCUCGAGCAGCGAGGACGAGGGGGGCUCUCACAGCGGCAGCAGUGGGAAUGAAGCCCCCAAGGCUCCCCGAAAGCGCCCCCAGACCAAAGCCAAGCCCCCUCAGGCAGCAGGACCUAGCUCACCCCAGAGACCCCCAACCCCAGAAGAGACCAAACCAGCCUCACCAGGGGCCCAGGAAGAUAAUGACGACACUGAGGCGGAGCAGUCAGAAGGACGGGACAACGGGGCAGAAGACUCUGGGGACACCGAGGACGAGCUGAGAAGGGUGGCCGAGCAGAAGGAAGAAAGGCAGCCCCCUGGUCAGGAGGAGAAUGGCGAGGACCCGUACGCAGGAUCCACAGAUGAGAACACGGACCACGAGGGCCCCCCGGAGUCUCCCGACCUGCCAAUUCCCGAGCUCCCAGACUUCUUCCAGGGCAAACGCUUCUUCCUUUACGGGGAGUUCCCAGGAGACGAGCGGCGGACACUCAGCCGCUAUGUCACAGCCUUCAACGGGGAGCUUGAGGACUACAUGAGUGAGCGGGUCCAGUUUGUGAUCACCGCGCAGGAGUGGGACCCCAGCUUUGAGGAGGCCCUGACGGACAACCCCUCCCUGGUGUUCGUCCGCCCCCGCUGGAUCUACAGUUGCAAUGAGAAGCAGAAGUUACUUCCCCACCAGCUCUACGGGGUGGUGCCCCAGGCGUGAAAUGUGUGUGGACACACAUGGACGCAUACACACACGUGCACGCAUACACACACCCACACGAGUUUAAUAAAGGAGACUUG